CGAAAAGCCGAACUAGUCCGCCCUUGAUCUUCACAGGUUAUCGAUUUUGGGCACCCUUGAUGGCUCGGUCUUCCCCGUCCGCGCUGGGUCGCGGAGCUAUAAGGCAUUCGCCUCCCCCAGAAUUAUACACUAUUCCAACUCAGGUCUAAAUCCACUUCUAGUUUCAAACAUUCUUACUUUGUGCAUCCUAUCAACAACAUAUGUCGACUGUCGAACAUGUCACUCAGCAUGCAGGGUUCUGGAAGAGAGUGCUGGGAAAACUCUCAGCAUAUCGAUAUGCGCGAUCCUUAUUCUCGCGAACAACUCGCUCAAAACUUUUUGCCCUUGUUCCAGGAUCCGUCGAACGAGACGCUGAACGAAUUUCGGAUAGGCGCGACCGCUCUUAUGAAGAGGGGAUGACCAACCCAGAGGCUCAGUCGGUGUUGAGCGACGCCGAGUUUGGUCGCGUGGAUCCCACGGGCUGGUUCCCACACUACAAGAAUUGUGUUCAGCACUUCGUCGACUAUAGCCAACACACACCCCAAGUGCAGUCUAUUGCCGCGUUCAUCAAUAUUCGACUACCCUGUCAGCGACCUUCCGAAUCUAGCGCACCCAUGCCUGGAUCUACACCAUCAUCUUUUGUUUCGCUACGGCCAUAUAUUAGACGGUUAAUUGUCACGGCACAGGACUCACCGACGGUUAUGCAAGGCUUCUUCGGUGGUGAUUGGGAGGCUGGCGUGGGCUGUAUCUACAAACAAGAACGGGUGAACUAUAUGUUCACGGCUAAGAGCAGUGGGUGGGCAUCUACCAAGGCUGCCUACGACAUUUCUCCAGAUGAAGAGACUCCCUUCUUGAGGCCCCUGCGUGACCCCUCGGAGGAUGAGAUUCGAGUAGCCGAAGCACGGUGGAGCGAAUGGCUGGCAAUGGAGGAUUGGAUGGUCGGAGCGCGCAGUCCCUGGUAG